UGGUAGAAGUGACGUCACGCCUCGACUUCAUCUGGAAGCUGCAGGCGGAGACAGACCUGGAUGAGAUGGAGGAUACACAGAAGACAAACAGACAUCUCCUCAAACAUAUCCUGCCGGAUCACGUCGUUGUACACUUCUUGAGUAGGGAUUGGUGUCCUGAUGAGCUAUACUCCCAGUGGCGCGACGAGGUGGGCGUAAUGUUCGCUGGUAUCCCAAACUUUGACGAGUUCUACUCGGAAGAGAAGGCGGUGGAGUGCAUGCGGGUGCUCAACGAGAUCAUUUUUGACUUUGAUAAGUUGCUGAUGCAGCAACGCUUCAAAAGCAUUGAGAAGAUCAAAACUAUCGCAGCUACUUAUAUGGCUGCUUCUGGACUCAAUCCUAAUCACAAUAAG